CCUUACCAGUGCCCGCAGUGCGGCAAGGACUUCAGCCACCGCUCCAACUUCAGCCGUCACAGGCGCAGCCACAGCGGCGAGGAGCCAUUCCCGUGUCCGCAAUGCAACCAGCCCCUGAGCUGGAGCUCGGACCUGACGCGUCACCUGCGCACGCACAGCGGCGAGCGCCCAUUCCCGUGCCCGCUGUGCACCCGAAGCUUCAGCCGCAGCUCGUCGCUGCUCACGCCCCGGCGCGUCCACACCGGGGAGAAGCCUUCCAAGUGCUGCGACUGCGGGAAGAGCUUCAGCCAGAGCUCGUGCCUCAUCAUCCAGCAGAGGGCGCACACAGGCGCGCGCCCCUGCCCCUGCGGUGACCGCGACCAGAGCUUCAGCAGCCGCUCCCACGUCGUCCUCGCGCACCGCAGGGUCCACACCGGCGAGGAGCCCUAUGGCUGUGAGGUGUGCGGCAAGAGCUUCAGGCAGAAGACAAACAUCAUCACGCACCGGAAGCUGCACGGGGUGGCCAGGCGGUCAGGGACGAAAGCCUGA